AUGAAUAAUAAAAUAAGUUACUUAUUAAACACUAUUAGGUGCAUGCAUAGGUAUGGUUCUGUGCUCACUCCCAAAUCUUCAGCCACAACAAGAAAACACGCUUUAUGGAUUAGCAAAAACCGGGAUCCCUUGGGAAAUGUGAACUUGAGGAAACAAUGUUUAAAUAUUUUUUCUUCUCUGCAUGGAUCGUCUCUUCGACUGCUCUCUCAAAAGACAGAUGUUUUUAGCACAGGCACACAGGUUUUGGUGAGUGAGGAGCCUUCCCAGAGCUCCUUGGAAGCUGAAAAGUUGGAUGAUUCUGGGAGUGAAGUAAAACAUGUGAUGGGCUCCAGUGACCCAUUCUUUCACAGUCUCCAGAAGUGCACCUGCCCCUGCGAUGCACUGGACUUGGCUGUAGAGUCUGCUGUUUCCAUCAGGCACUACACAAACUGCCUGACCACGGCCUGGAGGCUCUUCAAGCACCUGUCUGAGGAGCAGCAGCGCUAUGAGAAGCAGCUGAUCUUUGAGCACCCAGGGUUUGCCAGGCUGUGCCAGCAGCUGCUGCAGACCUCCCGCAGGAUGACACGGAGGGACCUGGUGUUCAGCCUGCAUGCCAUGGUCAACCUGGGUGUGCCCCAGAACACCCUCCUGGUACAGACUUUGGUCAGAGUGUGCCAAGAGAAGCUCAAUCAACUCGACAACCGAUGUAUCUCUGUUCUGGCAACUACUUUAGCAGGGAUGGACAAAGACAAGAAUGUGAGCGCUCUUCAAGCUGGAUUACAGUUACUAGUGGAGCAGCGAAUUUCAGGUAUCAGCGACAUCUUUAUUCUGCAAAACCUGAUGAAAUGCAUGGGAAAAGAUAUUCCGGUCUUUCUGAAAAAGAAAUUGGAGGUGGCAGUUUUGAAAGAAAUAGACAAUCUGACUUUUCCGAAUGCUCUGCGUAUGGUUAUGGCUCUUGUUGCAAUGAAUUAUUGUUCCAUUCCAAUCCUGAAUGCCUGCAGUAAAACAAUCCAGGAAAAUGUCCAUGACGCUCCAUUUCGGCAGUUAAUCCACAUUCUGGAAGCUUGUCACACUCUCCAGUACCGAAAUGUAAAACUGUUUUCAGCAUUAGCAGACUAUGUUAAUUCUACUGCCUGCAUUUGGGACAAAAGACAGAUUGUCCGUUUUCUUUCUGCUUUCGAGACACUUGGUAUUCGGCCGAGUGAGUUGAUGGAUGUUUUUGCUGAGAAGGUGACAGAAGAUCCCGAAUUCCUUAACUGGAAAAACCUUGCAAUUGUUCUCCGAGCGUAUUCACGACUCAACCAUAUUCCCAGAGGCCAAAAGGAUCUGUUUUUAGAGACUCUUCAUAGCUGCUUGAAUAAGUGCCUGCCUCAGAUUUCCAACACAGAACUGCUGAAGGCAGUGUAUUCACUUUGCGUGUUAGGAUACCUUCCUCAGCAGGCACUUGAUGAGCUGCUGCAAAAGGACCACAAGGAUGAACUUAUACUGCCAGAUGAUCUCUACAAAGAUCAAAAGGAAAUGAUGCUUCGCUGUGUGAAAACAUGUAUGGAACUUGACAGCCCUUCCUUCACCAGGCCUACAUUUGUGCAGGCUGAGAAUCCAUCCUCAUUACUGUCUGUUAAUCUCAGAAAGGCUCAAGAGGCACUGAUAGAACUUCUGGGAGAUGAGAACAUGUUUCAGCAAAAUGUUCAGCUGCCAUAUAAAUAUCAUAUUGAUUUUGCAAUCACAAUGGAUUCAGACAGAAAGAAGGUGCUCCCCAUAACUGCAACAAAUGAUCUUCCUGACUCGAGUGUUCAAAGAUUGGCAUUUCUGUUUGUUCCUCUGUCUGCCUUCUGUGUGGGGACGAUGCACCCCCAAGGGAAGCUGGCAAUGAAGAAACGACAUCUCAAUAAACUGGGCUAUCAUGUGAUUCUGGUCCUGAACAAGAAGUUUCAGGAAAUGACAAAUGAAGAUGCAGUAGAGUUUUUGAAAAGAAAAAUUUAUUCAGAAAAUGCUUUCCCUUUUUCUGAAGUGACUAUGCAGGAUAAUAAUUAA